CUGGCUCUCUCAAUCCCGCACCCCCAUCUAACAUGAGACCUAGCCAGCCAGCCGUUGAUUCCAGCAGCUAUAGUAAUUCCAGCGGCGCCAGCCAACUACCGGCCAGCGCUUUAAGUGCAACCGAAUGGGGCGUUUGAUUUUAUUUAUAUUUAAUAUGUACCGUAAAUUUGAUAUGAUGGGGAAUUUUUUUUGAAUUUUAAAUUUUUUGGCAACUAAACACAGGCCUUGUUGUGCUUGUUCGUCUCCCGGCGGCGUCUUCCUCUUUACUCCGUUCCUCGACCAUCUACUCCACCACUCAUCCUUCUCACCUCAGCUGCUCAGCGCACCUCCACCGCAUCAGCAGCCGAUCGAUCGCCAUGCGCGCGGCGGCUUCUUGUUGGCGUUUGUAGAUGGGCUCCUCGUCCCUCCUGCUCUUCCCCUCGUCCUCCUCCGCCGCGCCACCCCCUCACUCUGCUGCUUAUUCCCACGCCACCACCUCCUCCCACUCCUUAUUGCCGCCGCUCCCCUCCUCCCAGGACCACCUCCUCCUCCACUACCUCCACCACCACCUAGACCAGCAGCACCAGGAAUCCGCCGCCGCCGCCGCCAUGGUCCGCAAGCGCCCGGCGCCCGACAUGGACCUUCCCCCGCCGCGCCGCCACGUCACGGGCGACCUCUCCGACGUCACCGCCGCCGCUGGUGCGCAGCCGCAUCAGUCGGCAGCUAGCGCGCAGCUGCCCGCGCUGCCCACCCAGCUCCAGCUCCCCGCGUUCCAGCAGCACCACCACCACCACGCGCACGCGGAGGUGGACGUCCCCCACGCGCCCCCGCCUGCGCCGGCCAAGGUGGCGGCGUCCACCACGGCGUGGGUGGACGGCAUCAUCCGCGACAUCAUCGGCAGCAGCGGCGGCGCCGGGGUCUCCAUCACGCAGCUCAUCCACAACGUCCGCGAGAUCAUCCACCCCUGCAACCCCGGCCUCGCCUCCCUCCUCGAGCUCCGCCUCCGCUCCCUCCUCAACGCCGACCCCGCCCCGCCGCCGCUCCCGCAUCCUCCCGCCCUCCUGCACGGCAGCACCCCGCCCGCCGCCGCCCCAACAGUGCCCCCCGCUCUUCCUCCCCCUCCCCCGCUUCCGGUUCCAGACAAGCGCCGCCACGAGCCGCAGCAGGAGGAGCCGAACCCGUCGCCGCAGUCGCCCAAGGCUCCGACGGCGGAGGAGACUGCCGCGGCCGCCAAGGAGCGGAAGGAAGAGCAGCGGCGGAAGCAGCGCGACGAGGAGGGCCUCCACCUGCUGACGCUGCUGCUGCAGUGCGCCGAGUCGGUGAACGCGGACAACCUCGACGACGCGCACCUGACGCUGCUGGAGAUCGCGGAGCUCGCCACGCCCUUCGGCACCUCCACGCAGCGCGUCGCCGCCUACUUCGCGGAGGCCAUGUCCGCGCGCCUCGUCAGCUCGUGCCUCGGCCUGUACGCGCCGCUGCCGGCGGCGUCCCCCGCGGCGGCGCGCCUGCACGGCCGCGUCGCCGCCGCGUUCCAGGUGUUCAACGGCAUCAGCCCCCUGGUGAAGUUCUCGCACUUCACGGCGAACCAGGCCAUCCAGGAGGCAUUCGAGCGGGAGGAGCGCGUCCACAUCAUCGACCUCGACAUCAUGCAGGGGCUGCAGUGGCCGGGCCUCUUCCACAUCCUCGCCUCCCGCCCCGGCGGCCCCCCCAGGGUCAGGCUCACCGGCCUCGGCGCGUCCAUGGAGGCGCUCGAGGCCACGGGGAAGCGCCUCUCCGACUUCGCCGACACGCUCGGCCUGCCAUUCGAGUUCUGCGCCGUCGCGGAGAAGGCCGGCAAUGUCGACCCGGAGAAGCUGGGCGUCACGCGGCGCGAGGCCGUCGCCGUCCAUUGGCUCCACCACUCGCUCUACGACGUCACCGGCAACGACUCCAACACGCUCUGGCUCAUCCAAAGGCUGGCCCCCAAGGUGGUGACAAUGGUGGAGCAGGACCUCAGCCACUCGGGCUCCUUCCUGGCGCGCUUCGUGGAGGCCAUCCACUACUACUCGGCGCUGUUUGACUCGCUGGACGCGAGCUACGGCGAGGACAGCCCGGAGCGGCACGUCGUGGAGCAGCAGCUCCUAUCGAGGGAGAUCCGCAACGUGCUCGCCGUGGGCGGGCCGGCGCGCACCGGCGACGUCAAGUUAGGGAGCUGGCGCGAGAAGCUCGCACAGUCGGGGUUCCGCUCGGCGUCGCUCGCCGGCAGCGCGGCGGCGCAGGCGUCGCUGCUGCUCGGCAUGUUCCCCUCCGACGGGUACACGCUCGUCGAGGAGAAUGGUGCUCUCAAGCUCGGGUGGAAGGAUCUUUGCCUGCUCACUGCAUCUGCUUGGCGCCCGAUUCAGACCCCAUGCCGUUAAAUUUGAGAGCAAAUUUACAGAGCUAAAGAAUUACUAUUCCUACUGGAUCUUACCUGGGGUUCUUGCCCAGAUCUUUUACCUGUUUAGCUAGCUGCUCAAUUUAAUCGGUUCAGAGAUUAGGAAAAUUGAAACAUUUCUGAUCACUAAUUGCUAGAUCUCUUCACAAUGAUAGUUACUGAUGCAAGCUUGGUAGAUUUUGUUCAGUUGUUGAUCGGUUAUCUUCACCAAUCCUGCCAAUCAGCCCUAGUUUUCAUCUUCCUUUGCUAAUUAAUAUAAUCCCUGCUGCUUCAUUAUAUGUAGAGUCCUUGAUCACAAAUUACAUUAUCAGGUGCUCUUUUUGUGUAUUCGUUUAGGUUUUUGCUGGGGGUGGAGGCACUUUUAAUAGAGUCUUAUUAGUUUUCUCUACAAAUUAGGAGAAGCUGAGGAAUCCAUCAUCAGCUCAAUACCAAAGCCACUGAUUUAUUUAUUUACUUAGGAGUAUUUUUUUAUUUUUAUUUGGGGGUGGGGGUAACCAUUAAGGAUUUUUAACCUCAAAUUUGUGGCUAGAUAAAUGGCAUCCUAAAUCAGUGUUUACAACUGGUGCAGUGUGCAAAUUGUUCCUGCUUAUUCUCACCGUGUUGUUUACUACUCAUUUGUGUAUUGAUAAUAAUCUUCAUGUGUGUUGC